ACAUCUAAAGAGUAUGAAGAAAUAGAUAGACGUCUGUUUGAAGCCAGGACUGCCUUGCAACAACGGGAAGAGAAAUUGGCACAUGUCUUCCAGUUCAUAGAGAAAGACCUGAUACUACUUGGAGCUACAGCAGUGGAAGACAGGCUAGAAGAUAGAGUUCGAGAAACUAUUGUAGCAUUGAGAAUAGCUGGUAUCAAAGUAUGGGUACUAACUGGUGAUAAACAUGAAACAGCUGUUAGUGUGAGUUUAUCAUGUGGACAUUUUCACAGAACCAUGAACAUCCUUGAACUUGUAAACCAGAAAUCAGAUGGCGAAUGUGCUGAACAAUUGAGGCAGCUUGCCAGAAGAAUUAAAGAGGAUCAUGUGAUUCAGCACGGGCUGGUGGUGGAUGGGACCAGUCUGUCUCUUGCACUCAGGGAGCAUGAAAAACUAUUUAUGGAAGUUUGCAGAAAUUGUUCAGCUGUAUUAUGCUGUCGUAUGGCACGACUGCAAAAAGCAAAGGUAAUAAGACUGAUAAAAAUCUCACCUGAGAAACCUAUAACAUUGGCUGUUGGUGAUGGUGCUAAUGAUGUAAGCAUGAUACAAGAAGCACAUGUCGGCAUAGGAAUCAUGGGUAAAGAAGGAAGACAAGCUGCAAGAAAUAGUGACUAUGCAAUAGCUAGAUUUAAAUUCCUCUCCAAAUUGCUUUUUGUUCAUGGUCAUUUUUAUUAUAUUAGAAUAGCUACCCUUGUACAGUAUUUUUUUUAUAAGAAUGUGUGCUUUAUCACACCCCAAUUUUUAUAUCAGUUCUACUGUUUGUUUUCUCAACAAACACUAUAUGACAGCGUGUACCUGACUUUAUACAAUAUUUGUUUUACUUCCCUACCUAUUCUGAUAAAUAGUCUAUUGGAACAGCAUAUAGAUCCUCAUGUAUUACAGAGCAAGCCCACCCUCUAUCGAGACAUUAGUAAAAACCGUCAACUAAGCAUUAAAACAUUUCUUUAUUGGACCAUCCUGGGUUUCAGUCAUGCCUUUAUUUUCUUUUUUGGAUCCUAUUUUUUAAUAGGAAAAGAUAUAUCUCUGCUUGGAAAUGGCUAGAUGUUUGGAAACUGGACAUUUGGCACCUUGGUUUUCACAGUCAUGGUUAUUACAGUCACAGUAAAGAUGGCUUUGGAAACUCAUUUUUGGACCUGGAUCAACCAUCUUGUUACCUGGGGAUCUAUUAUAUUCUAUUUUAUAUUCUCUUUGUUUUAUGGAGGGAUUCUCUGGCCAUUUUUGGGCUCCCAGAAUAUGUACUUUGUAUUUAUUCAACUCCUAUCAAGUGGUUCUGCUUGGUUUGCCAUAAUACUCAUGGUUGUUACGUGUCUAUUUCUUGAUAUGGUGAAGAAAGUAUUUGAUCGACAGCUCCAUCCUACAAAUACUGAAAAGGCACAGCUUAAUGAAACAAAUUCAGGUAUCAAGUGCUUGGACUCCAUGUGCUGUUUCUCAGAGGGAGAAACAGCGUGCGCAUCUGUUGGAAGAAUGCUGGAACGAGUAGUAGGAAGAUGUAGUCCAACCCAUGUCAGCAGAUCUUGGAGUGCAUCAGACCCUUUCUAUACCAACGACAGGAGCAUCUUGACUCUCUCCACAAUGGACUCAUCUACUUGUUAAAGGGGCAGUAGUACUUUGUGGGAACCAUUUCAACUCCUUUCCUAAAAUUCAGUGUGAUCAUCCUGGUAAUGGCCACACUAGUUCUACAGAAUUACUUUCUAAAAUUUCUCAAGUAUUUCAUACCCACUCAGAGUUAUAAUGGAAAACAAAUAAAAAGCAUUAACAUAACCCCCUUUCAACCCCUUUCAUUUAAAUCCGAACAUGUUAGAAUUUGUGAAAGAGACAUUGUCUAUCUCUUUGGGUUGUCCCUCAUGCUUAUGGGACUCCUAAUGGCAUUUCAGCCUCUUGCUAAGGCCACUAUAUUUUAAUAUCAAGGUAGAAAAGGGAGGUAAUUCCUAGCUAAUUGUAUUUUUUAGUAUUAGUUUGGUUAUCGAGUCUUCUAUUCAAAUCUGCUUCUGUAAAUUAUGCUGAAAAGUUUGCCUUGAAAACUCUAUUUUUUUAUUAGAGUUAUAUUUGAAACUUUUCAUGCGAAAAGUUAAUGUGAAUAGAAAGGAAUUUUGGUCCCUCAGUGACCCAUGUUGUUAAUUCUUUAGUGCUUUCUAAGUUCACAGAGCAAAUUAGAAGAAUGCAUUUCCCAUCAUUAUUUACUGCAUUGUGGGUAGUAAAUAUAUACCAAAACCAAACUUCUCUAAAUACUAUAACACAACCAGUAAAGUUAAGUAUAUACAUGCAAAGGGUAUAUUAUAUAUAUAAAUCAGGAAUCAAGUCCAUUCACCAAAUUUCAAGUUGAUGUUUACUAAUAUUUUUGUGAUGGAAUACAAAGAACCUAUAGUGGGUAAAUUAUAUACCAUUAGCAUAUUAUUAUUUAAUGUGUUUAUCAUUGGAUCUUUUGCAUGCUUUAAUCUGGUUAAUAUAUUUAAAUUUGCCUUUUUUUCCCUCUCUAUCUGAAAGCUCUGUUUAUAGUAUUUUAUGACACUGUUGUAAAGUUCAACUAUAUCAAUAAAAAACAAGUUUGGAC